UCUGGGCACUGGCUGCUGUGUACUUUGCCAAAUACAUUUCCCAUAGCCUUUCUACCGCAUUACUAUUCUGCUUCUCUACUUAAAAGGGUAAUAUCUUCAAAGAGCUGUUUUUUACCCUCCCACUUUAAAGAAAGAAAUCUAUCAGGAGACAGCAUAGUGUAGUAAACAGCCAGAAUGCCUGGGAUUGAAAUCCUAGCUUUUCCCUUAAGUAGCUAGGUAAUUUUGGACACAUUACUUAGUCUCUCAGUGCCUGUUCCCUCAUUUAUAAAAUGGGGAUGGUAGUACCUACCUCAUGGGACUAUUGAGAGGAUUAAAAGAAUUGCUACCUGUAAACUGCCUGGAACAUUGGGGGAGCAUUGGGAGAGCCUGAGGUUAUAGUAGAAAGAAUACUGAACCUAGACUUGAGUUUGAGAGGUCCAUAGUUAACUGGUUGUUAUCUUUGGCCAGAUUUAACUACACUCCUCAUCUGUAGAAACCAAGAUGGUCCAGACGUUGCUGUAAACAUGGAUUGAGUGCUGGCAUUGUGCUUCUAGGUUGUGAACUGGAGGUUGGGGCUGUUUUCUCUGUAUCCCCAGCACUUUGCAUAGAGCCUGAUACAGAGUGUGCAAAAAAUAUUUGUUGAAUUUACAAAUAUUUAGUAUCAACCUUUUGACUGUAACUGAUUAGUAUUGGGUUACAAAGAUGAAUGAUGGUACUUAGGUUUGUACUAAGUGCUGCAGUACCAGGUGCAAUGGUAGCAAGAAAGGUAAGAGAACGGACCAAUCAUUGGGUUUGGUGAUUGUUAAAUGAGUAAUAAGUCUACAAGUGGCAGUGGGGCCAGAAAUCAGACUAUAAUGAAAUAAGAAGUGGGCAUGCAGCAUAAAUGUGUUACAGAAUUUGGAUGGGAGGUGUGAUAAUAGCUAGAAUUGCAUAAGGGUGUGGAGUAGGGUUUUUUGAGAGGAUCGGGGUUUGUACUUUAUGAACCAUCUUUUGUGCUGAGCUGUUAGUGAGAAUAAGUAACCAAAUCUAAGUUGCAUUUCUGAACCACCAUCAAAUGUGAUGUUGACUCUUCUAGGUCAACGUGAGGUGCAGAUGCUACCUCCUUCCUAUAGCCUUCCCUGACUGGGACACAAGCAGUCCCUCCCUAAGCACCUUUGCUUCCUGGGUUGUAGAAAAGGACAUAAGAGAAAAAGAACAUGCACCACCAUUAUGGUCCCUUUACAGUUCAUCUAGAUAAGUAAUCCUAGACAGAGUGGAGAUAAGACUUGUGUAAAGCCACGGGCGUUGCUUAAAGACACCACUGGAACAGAUCUUAGGGUCCCUCUUGGGUCCACUUCAUUUCAUUAGAAAAGAAAGCAUAGCUGUGGACAAUUUAUGAUGCAGCUUGAUUUAGGUACACCUGGGUUCCAAGCUAGCCACUUCGCGGUUCUGUGGCCAGGGCCAAGUUACCAGAACUUUCUAGACCACAGUUUUCAGCCACCUAGUUAGGGCGAGGUGAGGAGCAGUUAAGUAUAAAACACUCAAGGCUGCGUCCCAGGCUCUUAAUCUAUAGUCGUUAUUUAAAAAAAAAAAAAAAAAACAGAGGCAAGUGCGAGAUUGAUUUUUCCUGCUAGUCGCGUGAACGCCAAAUAAUCGCAGAUCCAGUCGGGUCGGCCCUCCUAAAACGAGCCCUACACCAACGCUGGCGACGACGGUUCCGGGGUCUGGGGCUUAACCUGACGUGGCGGGGCGGGGCUUCCGGCGGGAGGCGGAAGCGGAGCGGGAGGCGCGGGCCCGCAGGUGCGAGUGACAUCAGUGGUCGCCCCGGCGCUACGGGCAUCCCAGGGAGGCGAGGUAGAGCCGGGCUCCGUUGCCGCCUCUCCCGGACCCCGCGACGCCGACCUCCGUGCCAGGAUGGCGCGGGGCGAGCGGCGCCGCCGCGGAGCGCCGGCAGAAGGAGCGCGGACUGCUGAGAGAGCGCCUCGGGGCGGCCCCGCGCGACGGGAUGGCCGGGUUGGCGGGGCCCGUGGCGCGGUUGGGGGAGCGGCUCUGGCCAUCGUGGUCCUGUCUGUGGUCCUGGGCCUGUUGGGAUGCUGGCUGCUGUCGUGGCACCGUGUGCGGCGAGCAGUCACCCUGCACUCCGCGCCCCCGGCGCUGCCUCCAGACUCUUCCAGCCCCGCCGUGGCCCCGGACCUCUUCUGGGGCACCUACCGCCCUCACGUCUACUUCGGCAUGAAGACCCGCAGCUCGAAGCCCCUCCUCACCGGACUGAUGUGGGCGCAGCAAGGCACCACCCCAGGGACCCCUAAGCUCAGGCACACGUGUGAGCAGGGGGACGGCGUGGGUCCCUAUGGCUGGGAAUUCCACGACGGUCUCUCCUUCGGGCGGCAACACAUCCAGGAUGGGGCCUUAAGGCUUACCACUGAGUUCGUCAAGAGGCCUGGGGGUCAGCACGGAGGGGACUGGAGCUGGAGAGUGACUGUAGAGCCUCAGGCCACAGGUACCUCUGCCCUCCCUUUGGUGUCCCUGUUCUUCUAUGUGGUAACAGAUGGGAAGGAAGUCUUAAAGCCAGAGGUUGGGGCCAAGGGGCAGUUGAAGUUCAUCAGUGGACACACCAGUGAACUUGGUGACUUCCGCUUUACACUUCUGGCACCAACCAGUCCAGGGGAUACCACCCCCAAGUAUGGCAGCUACAAUGUUUUCUGGUCCUCCAACCCAGGACUUCCCUUGCUGACGGAGAUGGUGAAGAGUCGCCUAAACAGCUGGUUUCAGCAUCGGCCCCCAGGGGCCUCUCCUGAACGCUACCUCGGCUUGCCAGGAUCUCUGAAGUGGGAGGACAGAGGCCCCAGUGGGCAAGGACAGGGACAAGGGCAAUUCUUGAUACAACAGGUGACACUGAAAGUCCCCUUUUCUGUGGACUUGGUGUUUGAAUCGGGCAGUGCGCGGGCAGGAGGAAACCAAGCCCUGGAGCAGCUGGCAGGCAGUCUGCUGACCCAGGCCCUGGAAAGCCAUGCCGAAGCCUUUACAGAGCGCUUUGAGAAGACCUUCCAGCUGAAGGAGAGGGGCCUGAGUCCUGAGGAGCAGGCUCUGGGUCAGGCCGCUCUCAGUGGCCUCCUUGGUGGGAUUGGCUACUUCUACGGACAGGGUCUGGUAUUGCCAGACGUGGGCGCUGAGGGAUCUGACCAGAAGGUGGACCCAGCCCUCUUUCCACCUGUCCCGCUUUUCACAGCAGUGCCCUCCCGGUCAUUCUUCCCGAGAGGCUUCCUUUGGGACGAGGGCUUUCACCAGCUGGUGGUUCAGCGGUGGGAUCCCCAGCUCACGCGGGAGGCCCUGGGCCACUGGCUGGGGCUGCUCAAUGCUGACGGCUGGAUUGGGCGGGAGCAGGUACUGGGGGAUGAGGCCCGAGCCCGGGUGCCCCCUGAAUUCCUGGUGCAACGGACAGCCCACGCCAACCCUCCAACCCUGCUUUUGCCUGUAGCCCACAUGCUAGAGGGUGGUGACCCAGCCGACUUGGCCUUCCUCCGCAGGGCCUUUCCCCGCCUGUAUGCUUGGUUCUCCUGGCUCCAUCAGAGCCAGGCAGGGCCAGUGCCACUAUCUUACCGCUGGCGGGGACGGGACCCAGCCUUGCCAACCCUACUGAACCCCAAGACGCUGCCUUCAGGGCUGGAUGACUAUCCCCGGGCUUCACACCCUUCAGCCAAUGAGCGGCACCUGGACCUGCGGUGCUGGGUGGCACUGGGUGCCCGUGUGCUGAUGCAGCUGGCAGAGCAGCUGGGAGAGACUGAGGCAGCUGCAGAGUUGGGCCCACUGGCUGCCUCCCUGGAGGCAGAGGAGAGUCUGGAAGAACUGCACUGGGCCCCGGAGCUAGGAGUCUUUGCAGACUUUGGGAACCACACAAAAGCGGUCCAGCUGAAGCCUCGGCCCCCUCAGGGGCUGGUGCGGGUGGUGGGCCGGCCUCACCCUCGCUUACAAUAUGUGGAUGCCUUGGGCUAUGUCAGUCUUUUUCCCUUCCUGCUCCGGCUGCUGGACCCCAACUCAUCCCACCUUGGGCCCCUGCUGGACGUUCUAGCUGACAGCCGCCAGCUCUGGAGCCCCUUUGGUUUGCGCUCCCUUGCAGCAUCCAGCCCCUUUUAUAGGCAGCGCAACUCAGAGCAUGAUCCUCCCUACUGGCGGGGUGCUGUGUGGUUCAACGUCAACUACCUGGCCUUGGGGUCUCUUCACCACUAUGGGCAUCUGCAGGGUCCCCACCAGGCGCGUGCUGCCAAGCUCCAUAGAGAGCUCCGUGCCAAUCUGAUAGGCAACGUGUGGCGGCAGUACCAGGCCACGGGCUUCCUGUGGGAGCAGUACAGUGACCAGGAUGGGCGGGGCAUGGGCUGCCGCCCUUUCCAGGGCUGGACCAGCCUUGUCCUACUGGCCAUGGCUGAAGACUACUGAGGAUGGAUGGAGGAUGGGAGGGGAGCCAGGCCCCUUGUGCACUCUGGACUAGAGGGACAAGGUCUCUCACUUGUGCCCCCCACCCUCACAUACCAGUGCUUCAGACCCUCAGCAGCUCAUCUCAGGUGUCUCCUUACUGUCAUCCCACAUAGCCCUGGGGUGAAUGUGAAUGCAGAGUCUAUUUUUCUAAAUAAACUAGAAAACAUGCCAAA